GAAAAGAAGCCCAUCAAUAUCAAGAGAACAGAACAGAAGAUACGACCAAAGGGACGAGAGAGACGAAUAUUCACAGUAUGCUACAUCAGACAGUGCAAUGCCCAGGUCACCAUCAGAUUAUUCAGAUAGGCGGUCGCAGCGUGGGCCUCAGUUAUAUGAAGAACCUGAACUGGGUGAUUAUAGAGAUUCCAACAGAAGGAGUCGCAGGCGUUCCAAGGAGUAUCCGGUAGAUGAGGAAGAUGCACAAAACAGGGAAGAAUAUGAAAGGCAACGGAGGGAAGAGGAAUACCAGGCACGAUACCGAAGUGAUCCUAAUUUGGCUCGUUACCCAGUCAAGCCACAACCGUAUGAGGAACAAAUGCGUAUCCAUGCUGAAGUGUCCCGAGCACGUCAUGAACGGAGACAUAGUGAUGUCUCAUUGGCAAAUACAGAGUUGGAAGAUUCUCGGAUGUCUAUGCUGAGGAUGGAACGACCGUCAAGACAAAGAUCAGUGUCUGAGCGCAGGGCUGCCAUGGAAAAUCAACGUUCAUACUCUAUGGAAAGAACUCGAGAGGCUCAGGGACCAAGUCCCAAUCGUCAGAGGACCACAAAUCAUAGCCCUCCUACACCUAGGAGGAGUCCAGUUCCUCUGGAAAGACCAGACAUGAGGCGCUCUGAUUCAUUAAGGAAACAACACCAUUUGGAUCCCAAUUCUGCCGUACGGAAAACAAAACGUGAAAAGAUGGAGACCAUGUUACGGAAUGAUUCGCUCAGCUCAGACCAGUCUGAAUCUGUCAGACCUCCACCACCAAAGCCCCAUAAAACAAAAAAGGGAGGUAAAAUGCGCCAGGUUUCAUUAAGUAGCUCAGAAGAAGAAUUGGCAUCCACUCCAGAGUAUACGAGUUGUGAUGAUGUAGAGAUUGAAAGUGAAAGUGUUAGUGAAAAAGGGGACAGUCAAAGGGGAAAAAGAAAAACUAGGGAACAGGCAGUUUUGUCGGAUUCUAACACCUUAUCCGAGAGGCAAAAGAAAAUGGUGUGCUUUGGUGGCCACUCUUUGGAAGAGGACUUGGAAUGGUCUGAGCCUCAGAUAAAAGACUCUGGGGUAGAUACGUGUAGUAGCACAACUCUAAACGAGGAACAUAGCCAUAGCGAGAAGCAUCCAGUAACUUGGCAACCAUCCAAAGAUGGAGACCGUCUCAUUGGUCGGAUUUUGUUAAAUAAACGACUAAAAGAUGGAAGUGUGCCUAGAGACACAGGAGCAAUGCUUGGAUUGAAGGUAGUAGGAGGAAAGAUGACUGAAUCAGGUCGACUCUGCGCAUUUAUCACCAAAGUUAAAAAAGGAAGCUUAGCUGAUACAGUGGGGCAUCUUAGACCAGGUGAUGAAGUAUUAGAAUGGAACGGAAGGCUACUACAAGGAGCCACCUUUGAGGAGGUGUAUAACAUAAUUUUAGAAUCCAAACCUGAGCCACAAGUGGAGCUUGUCGUUUCAAGACCAAUAGGGGACAUUCCCAGAAUACCUGACAGCACACAUGCACAGCUGGAGUCCAGUUCUAGUUCAUUUGAAUCUCAAAAAAUGGACCGACCUUCUAUUUCAGUGACUUCUCCUAUGAGUCCUGGCAUGUUAAGGGAUGUUCCGCAGUUCUUGUCUGGACAACUUUCAAGCCAAAGCCUUAGUAGAAGAACAACGCCUUUUGUUCCUAGGGUUCAGAUAAAACUGUGGUAUGACAAGGUUGGUCAUCAGUUAAUAGUGACAAUAUUGGGAGCAAAGGAUCUUCCUUCAAGGGAAGAUGGGAGGCCAAGGAAUCCUUAUGUUAAAAUUUACUUUCUUCCAGACAGAAGUGAUAAAAAUAAAAGAAGAACAAAAACAGUAAAGAAAACAUUGGAACCUAAGUGGAAUCAGACAUUCAUUUAUUCUCCAGUUCAUCGGAGAGAGUUUAGAGAACGAAUGUUAGAAAUUACUCUUUGGGACCAAGCACGAGUUCGAGAGGAAGAAAGUGAAUUUUUAGGAGAGAUUCUUAUUGAGUUAGAGACGGCAUUACUAGACGAUGAACCUCACUGGUACAAACUUCAAACGCAUGAUGUCUCCUCAUUGCCACUUCCCCAUCCCUCACCAUAUUUGCCACGCAGACAACUCCAUGGCGAGAGUCCCACACGGAGGUUACAAAAUAAAGGCUUAUAUUCAUAUAAUUCAGGGUCCAAAAGAAUCAGCGACAGUGAAGUCUCUGAUUAUGACUGUGAUGAUGGAAUUGGUGUUGUUUCAGAUUAUCGACAUAAUAGAGAUCUUCAAAGUUCAACGCUAUCAGUGCCAGAACAAGUUAUGUCAUCUAAUCAUUGCUCUCGAUCAGGGUCCCCUCACCGUGGAGAUAGUAUAGGACGGACUAGAUCGUGGUCUCCCAGUGUCCCUCCCCCACAAAGUCGGAAUGUGGAUCAGGGACCACGAGGGACUCGAUCUACUCCUGUGCAUUACAAUACCCUGAACCGAAUGGAUAGACACCGUGUUAUAGAUGACCACUACUCCCCGGACAGAGAGAGUCAUUAUAUUACUUUACCUCGUUCCCGGUACACCCAGUCCACAGAUCACCAUUACAGAGAUGCCAGCCAGGAUCACACAAUGUAUCCUCUAUUUUGUGAAGAUGCAAUCAGAUUACUUCGCUCCCGUAAGAUGUGCCGUACCUAUUCUGAGGGUGCUUACUAUGAUCUUGAGAGGAGGAGUAGGCAGGAGAGAAGAGUGCCUAAUUCAUAUUAUGACGACACAACCUAUAUUCCUGAAAGGUGGUACAAUGGUGCAAGUUCAUGGGCAGAUCAUGUAGUCAAUGGUUCAGCUGAAAAUUAUGGGAAUUGUGAAGCAGCAGAUAGACAGCCAUAUCAAAGAUCCAGAUCAACAGAGCAACGUCCUAUGCUAGAGCGGACCAACUCCCGCUCCCGAUCCACAGAGCGUCCUGACUCAAACCUCAUCAGGUCGAUGCCUUCAUUAAUGACUGGAAGAUCUGCCCCUCCUUCACCUGCCUUACCGAGGUCACAUCCUCGAACUGGGUCUGUUCAGACAAGUCCAUCAAGUACUCCAGUAGUAGGGCGAAGGGGCAGGCAGUUACCGCAGCUCCCACCAAAGGGGACGUUGGAGAGAAACAAUGGAGACAAGGAGAUAGAAUCUUAUGAAGAAGUUACAUGGGAGGACCAGCAGAAAAAGAUGAAUGGUACAAUAGCUGAUGACAAACCAUUGCCGAAAAAGAAACACCAUUCUGAGCCAGAAGAAAAGAAAGCAGAUCCAGAGAAUGGGGAUACAGGUGCAAUGGAUGUAGAAGAGAGGAAUCGCCAAAUGAAAAUGAGCAAGUACAAACAGGUAGCAGGAUCAGAUUCCAGGCUGGAACAAGAUUAUCAUUCUAAGUAUCGGUCAGGACGGGAUCCUCAGCGAGGCUCAGACAAUGUUUCCAAUAAGUCUUCAGACAGUGAUGUCAGUGAUGUGUCUGCUGUGUCACGGACAAGCAGCGCUUCACGUUUCAGCAGCACAAGCUACAUGUCCGUCCAGUCAGAGCGUCCAAGAGGAAACAAGAAAAUAAGUGUCUUUACAUCCAAAAUGCAAAGCAGACAGAUGGGCGCCUCAGGAAAGAACAUGACUAAGAGCACCAGCAUCGGCGGGGACAUGUACACACUGGAGAAGAAUGAUGGCAGCCAGUCGGACACAGCAGUGGGCACUGUUGGCGGUGGCGGCAAAAAGAGACGCUCCAGCAUCGGUGCAAAGAUGGUCGCCAUCGUGGGUCUCUCGCGAAAAAGCCGUAGCACGUCACAACUCAGCCAAACUGAAGCAGGGGGCAAGAAGCUGCGGAGCACUGUCCAGAGGAGCACUGAGACAGGGCUGGCUGUGGAGAUGAGGAACUGGAUGACCCGUCAGGCCAGCCGGGAGUCAACGGAUGGGAGCAUGAACAGCUACAGCUCUGAGGGAAAUUUGAUUUUCCCUGGUGUGAGGUUGGCUGCAGACAGCCAGUUCAGUGAUUUUCUGGAUGGACUUGGUCCUGCCCAGCUUGUAGGACGACAGACUUUGGCAACACCAUCAAUGGGAGAUAUCCAGGUGGGAAUGAUGGACAAGAAAGGACAACUGGAAGUAGAAAUAAUCCGAGCCCGUGGCCUUGUUGUAAAACCAGGUUCAAAGACACUGCCAGCACCAUAUGUAAAGGUGUAUCUGUUAGAAAAUGGAGUCUGCAUAGCCAAAAAGAAAACAAAGGUAGCAAGAAAAACGCUGGAACCACUUUAUCAGCAACUUCUAUCAUUUGAAGAAAGUCCCCAAGGAAAAGUUUUACAGAUAAUUGUUUGGGGAGACUAUGGACGUAUGGAUCACAAAUCCUUUAUGGGAGUGGCACAGAUACUUUUAGAUGAGCUGGACCUGUCCAACAUGGUGAUUGGGUGGUUCAAGCUCUUCCCUCCUUCUUCCCUAGUAGACCCAACUUUAGCUCCUCUCACUAGAAGAGCUUCCCAAUCAUCUCUUGAAAGUUCAACAGGACCUUCGUAUGCUCGCUCAUAG